GCCUACUUUUUAUUAAAGAUUGAAAACGCACAGCAAACCAACAUAAACGCAUCAUUUAAAAAAAAAAAUUGUUUUGAAAUAAGAAAAGUAAAAGAAAACAUAUAAAAAUGCCACAAGGACCAAUGUCAAGUCCAUUAAUGCGACCAUUGGUUGUGUUAGCAUUACCUGGCAUGUAUUUAUUUUAUAAAUACAAUCAAUAUAAACGCCGCCAACAAGAAACAGCACGACGACGUUUAACGGAACGUGAAUUACAACAUUUAAAUCAUAAAAUUGAUAAAUUGUUGAGUAAAUUAGAAGAAAAUGAACCAGAAUUAGCAACAACACAAGAGGAAGAAUGUGUAAUAUGUAUAAAUGCCAAAGCUACAAUGCAAACCGCACCAUGUGGCCAUCAAGUUGUAUGCCGUAAAUGUUUUGUUAAAACCAUACAAAUGGCUGUCACACAACGUUUACUACCAUUACGUUGUGUUGUGUGUCGUGCAAAAAUAUUACGUUUAAAACAAACAUCAAAUACAUUAUCAUUACCGUCAACAUCAUCUGGUGGACCUGGUGCAACGACAUCCGGUUCAUCAACAUCAGCAAAUCAUCAUCAUCAUCAUCACCAUCAUCAUCAUCAUUAUCAUAGAGAACAUGCAUCAUCGUCACGGCAUCAUCAUCACAAUCAAUUGUUAUCACCUGGUGAUAAUACAUCAUCAUCAAUGGUUUCAUCAUCGUCAAAUACAAGUUGUUCAUCAUCAAAUACAAAUGGUCGUUUACCAGCAUCCGCUAGUGCAUACAGUGUUGGUUCGUCAUCAUGCAGCUCGUCUUCCAAUAAUAAUAAUUCUACGUCAAUGCCGAAUAGUGAUAGUUUAUAUUCAGUAAGUAGCGGUACAAGUAGCAUCAUAUCAGGUACCUCAUCAUUAUCAAAUGGAUCAUUUGGUGGUAUUGGUCUUGGUUUUGGUGGUGGUGGGGGUAAUUUAUGUAAUAAAGAUAAUAAUAUUGAUAAUAAAACAUCCAAAAUUAAUGGAUGUUCAAAUAAUAAUAAAUCAUCAAUCUGUUGUACAACUGGCCAUUGUUUUGGUGGCGCAUAUCCUAGACAACCUACGGGUGUAUUACGUAAAUCUCAACAACAUGCUAUGAAGUUACGCUUGCAAGAAUACUGGCAUGGCUCAGAUGGUACAUCCCAUAGUACUACAUAUGGACAUUGCGGUCGAUUACCGCCCAUCAGGGAAUUACCAUCAUGUCCUGGUUCAACAAUUGUUGGUCCUCAAACAGCAUCAACACGAAUACGUUGUGCUCAAAAAAUUGUAACACAAUUGGAAUCAAAUUAUGGCAGCAAUGGUACAACUACGGCAACAAAUUCAUCCUCAAUAUCAUCCUCAUCGUCUUCGAAUUAUAAAACAAAUUUUAAAAAAGAUAAAAAAUCAAUAAUGAAAUCAUUAACAGAAUUAACACCAACAUUAAAUAAAGAUUCAGGAACAGUACCCUAUAAACAAUUACAAUCAGAGACAUCUAGUGGUGGUACGGCAGGUUCAACGUCUACAUCAGUGUCGUCAUCAUCAACAGUGGUCAACUUAACAAAAUCUAAACAAAAACAAUUGAAUGAUAAUAAACAUGAGAAAAACGAUAAUCGUAAAAAUGAAUUAGCUGAAAAGAAACGUGAAGAGAAAGCAAAACAAAAAGCUGAAAAAGAAGCGAAACGGGAAGCAAAGAAAGAAGCAAAAAAAGAGGAGGAGUUGGCAAAAAAAGAGGCGAAAGAAGAAAAGAAAAAAGCGAAAAAAGAGGCAAAAGCAGCAGCGGCAGCGGCUGCAGCUGCUGCUUCAGCUGUAGCAACUACUGUUGUUAUUGUUACAUCAGCUUCAUCAUCGUCGAUUGAUAAAAAGAAUUAAAAUGGAGAACAUGUAGACUAGAUAAAAUGGAUACAUUCGAAUACUAAAGCUACCUAAUAGCAUUCGUCAUGGAUGCUAAAAACAAUCUUUCCAUUAUCUUAAACGGUGUUUUUGCGAUUGUGUUGAUAAUUAAGCUCCAACACAAUUAAGUCAAAAGUAUUAAAGAGCAAACCAACAAAAUCUACUCUUAAUACACCCAAGAACUAACUCUGAACGUACCAAGAAUUCAGCGUAUCUGAAUGCAUCCAAUGUCUACAUCACGGUUAUGAAUUGUUAUUAGUAACUUAAUUGUUGAGUAAUUCAAUAACUACGAUAUUGUAACUGCCGUUAGUGUCAAAAAUAUUUAAAACUAUUUAUGAACACUAUUUUACUUUAUUUUUAUUUUUUCAUUUAUCUAGUCUUCAUGACUUUAAGUUUAUCAU